UGCCUCUGCCUCCUGGCCGCCGCUGCGGGGCCACCAUGCUCCUGCCCAGGCCUGGAGACUGACCCUCAACUGGCACCAUCUCUCAGCUUCGCCCCCACCGGCCGGACCCCAGGGCCCUGCCUUUCCGUUCAUCUCCCCACAGGUCCUGCCCCGGCCCAGGAGGUCAGCCGGGGAAUCAUUAACAAGAGGCUGUGACAUGGCGGAGAAGGAGGGUGGCCGGACUGUGCCAUGCUGUUCUGGAUCCAAGGUAGCAGCUCUCACUGCAGGGACCCUGCUGCUCCUGACAGGCAUCGGGGCAGCGUCCUGGGCCAUUGUGACCGUUCUACUCAGGAGUGAUCAGAAGCCACUGUAUCCGGUGCAGGUCAGCCCAGCAGACACUCGGCUCACAGUCUUUGACGAGACGGAGGGGACGUGGCGGCUGCUGUGCUCUUCGCGCUCCAAUGCCAGGGUGGCGGGACUCAGCUGUGAGGAGAUGGGCUUCCUCAGGGCACUGGCCCACUCGGAGCUGGAUGUGCGGACAGCGGGUGCCAACGGCACGUCAGGCUUCUUCUGUGUGGACGAGGGAAGGCUGCCCUACGCCCGGAGGCUGCUUGAGGUCAUCUCCGUGUGUGACUGUCCCAGGGGCCGCUUCCUGGCUACCAUCUGCCAAGACUGUGGCCGUAGGAAGCUGCCCGUAGACCGCAUUGUGGGAGGCCAGGACACCAGCCUGGGCAAGUGGCCAUGGCAAGUCAGUCUUCGCUAUGAUGGAGCGCACCUCUGUGGCGGGUCCCUGCUCUCCGGAGACUGGGUGCUGACAGCCGCCCACUGCUUCCCUGAGCGGAACCGGGUCCUGUCACGAUGGCGUGUGUUUGCGGGCGCUGUUGCCCAGGCCUCACCCCACGGCCUGCAGACGGGGGUUCAGGCAGUGAUCUACCACGGGGGCUACCUCCCCUUUCGGGAUCCCAACAGUGAGGAGAACAGUAAUGACAUCGCUCUGGUCCACCUCUCCAGCCCCCUGCCCCUUACAGAAUACAUCCAGCCCGUGUGCCUCCCAGCUGCCGGCCAGGCCCUGGUGGAUGGCAAGAUUUGUACGGUGACUGGCUGGGGCAACACGCAGUACUACGGCCAACAGGCUGGGGUACUCCAGGAGGCCCGAGUCCCCAUAAUCAGCAACGAUGUCUGCAACGGUCCUGACUUCUACGGGAACCAGAUCAAGCCCAAGAUGUUCUGUGCUGGCUACCAUGAGGGUGGCAUUGAUGCCUGCCAGGGUGACAGUGGUGGCCCCUUCGUGUGUGAGGACAGCAUCUCUCGGACCCCACGUUGGCGGCUCUGUGGCAUUGUGAGCUGGGGCACUGGCUGUGCCCUGGCCCAGAAGCCAGGCGUCUACACCAAAGUCAGUGACUUCCGGGAGUGGAUCUUCCAGGCCAUAAAGAUUCACUCCGAAGCCAGCGGCAUGGUGACUCAACUCUGACCUGACCUCUCCUUGCUGCAGACGCCUCCAGGGCCCGGGUUAACCUAGGUGGCCUCAGCCCCACAUGGUGGGAUCCACCCUGGGCCUGGGAUGGAACUUUUUUCUUCUUGGGCCCAGCCCACAAGUGUAAGGAUACCUUCCCUCCAGGGUCCUGUCUUCCACAGUGGCGGGCCCACUCAGCCCUGGGACUACCUGAGACUCACCUUCCUGACCCGCAUGUAAAUAUUGUCCUGCCAUCUGGGGAUCCCAUCUAGGUAUCCCUGAUGAAAAGCUAUUCUUUAAAUAAUAAAAUUGGUUUUGAUUAA